UGCUUCAGCUGCUCCUGGUCUCACUCUCAUCCGCAUCAUCUUACUUUGGGGGAACCGUGACCUACACCUACAAAGGAAGAAACCCCGAUGGAACAUUUAGAGUUGACCUUCGCAACAGGGCAACCUUUGAUGACUGUCAGAACUCUCUCAACUGGUUUUGUUACACCGGCAACUGUGGCUAUAAUACCAAAAGUGAGAGAGGCGUAGUUGACUGGAGCAACAAUGCACCACAAUAUAACAACCAAUGGUGUGAAACUGAAACAGUCAGUACAAGAAGUAUCCCAAGUGACAACCCUUUUCAAAUAAACGCUGCAAGCUGUUGUUGGAUCCCAACGCAAAACUGGGUUCGUAAUUUGAGACUUAUGACUUAUGUGGAUUUGGGAACAAGAUCUGACACUGGAAAACCAAACCAAUCACCAGAAGUUGCCAUUCUCCCUUUUCUACGAGUUCCUCAGAACUGCCCACGGACAUACAAGCUGAUGUCCUUUGAUCCUGAUGGUGACAAAGUUCGAUGCAGAUAUGGAAAUAUCAUAGGUACUGAGUGCAGCUCGUGCAACCAACCUUCAGGCUUCGACUUGGAUCAGGGCUCUUGCACAUUACACUACCGAUACUCUUAUGCCGACGCCAGAGCGUAUGGAUUUGAGUUGGUGGUGGAGGACUUCCCACAAGGGCGCAUCUCUCUGGCCUACACUGAUGGAUCCAGAUCCUCCAGGGAUCCACUGAGAAAGAGACAAGCUACAACCGCAGCACCAACCACAAUCCCUACAACAGCAGAACUGACCUAUGACCCAUGGUGGUGGUUUUUUUCCACAACAACCCCAACCACAACCACAACCACUGAAGCAACCACAGGACAAAUUACAACAACAGAACCGACCUAUGACCCAUGGUGGUGGUUUUUUUCCACAACAACCCCAACCACAACCACUGAAGCAACCACAGGACAAAUUACAACAACAGAACCGACCUAUGACCCAUGGUGGUGGUUUUUUUCCACAACAACCCCAACCCCAACCACUGAAGCAACCACAGGACAAAUUACAACAACAGAACCGACCUAUGACCCAUGGUGGUGGUUUUUUUCCACAACAACCCCAACCCCAACCACUGAAGUAACCACAGGACAAAUUACAACAGCAGAACCGACCGAUUACCCAUGGUGGUGGUUUUUUCCACAACAACCCCAACCCCAACCACUGAAGUAACCACAGGACAAAUUACAACAGCAGAACCGACCGAUUACCCAUGGUGGUGGUUUUUUCCCACAACAACCCCAACCCCAACCACUGAAGUAACCACAGGACAAAUUACAACAGCAGAACCGACCGAUUACCCAUGGUGGUGGUUUUUUCCCACAACAACCCCAGUAACAACUACAAUCGCAGAACCGACAUAUGACCCAUGGUGGUGGUUUGGUUCAACAACAACCCCAACCACUGCAACCACAGGACAAAUUACAACAGCAGAACCGACAUAUGACCCAUGGGAGUGGUUUUUUUCCACAACAACCCCAACCACUGAAGCAACUACCACUCUGCGAUACACUAGCAGCAGGACACACCUGCACUCCACCACUCCUCCUCUCAGUAAACUACCAUUGCAAUUCUCUGUACUUGUGGACCCACCUGCUCCUUCAUGUCAGGAGGGACUCUUCUUGCCAAAGUUUGUGAACCCAACACCUGAAAAUGGAGCACACAUCCAAGCAGAGGUCAACAAAGAGGUGGAGAUCAGAGUCAAAGCACAAGCUGCAUAUGCAACAAUACGUGAUAUCAUCAUCAGUGGGCCACUGAAUAUCCAAAAGCACAGGACCACACAUGAUGAGUUUGUCAUUAGGUGGACGCCUACUCCAGAUGACCUGGGAGCUCAUUACCCCAUCUGCUUUGCUGUUGAGUCAGUGACAGGGGCUGACAUCUAUCAGUCUGAGAUGAGGUGUGUUCUGGUGGACAUUGUGGCGACGCAAGUUGUAGCCAAUGUGAUCUGCAGUCAGUCCACAAUGACAGUAGAGGUUGAGAAAUCUUCAUUCUCUGGACUCAAUGAGGAUCAUUUGCGGCUCAGUGACCCCACCAACACCGUCUGCAGCCUCCGCACACACUCCAACAGCACUCACAUCAUCGCUGUCAUCCCCCUCAAUGCUUGCGGCACUCAGAUCGAGGAAGAUGAUGACAACCUCAUUUUUAAGAAUGAAAUCACCGCGGUCGACAACACAGAAGACCUGAUCACCAGGAAACACCUGCUGGAAGUUCAGUUCUACUGCCAGUACCCCAAACGGGGGAACGUGACACUUGGCUACACAGCACACAGGAAAAGUAUCACAGUGUGGGAGAAAGGCUUUGGUACUUUCACUUACCAGUUUGAGUUCUUUCCUGAUAACCAAUUCCAAACCAUGAUUGAUCCAAAUUCAUACCCUCUGGAGUACGACGUAGGGAGCAGGAUCUACAUGCAGAUAGAUGCCACCUCUUCAGCCAACAACACCGAGCUGUUUGUGGAGUCCUGCAGCGCUGCACCAUAUGACAACCCAAACUACCGGCCAACCUACUCCAUCAUUGAAAAUGGGUGUAAAGUGGCCUCGACUGUUGAAAUCCAUUCCUCCACCAACAAGAGACAAUUCCGGUUCAGCAUGGAGGCCUUCAGGUUCAUCGGCUUGCAUGACCAGGUUUACAUCAGCUGUUCAGUCCUGAUGUGUGAAGCAGGGGACCCCGACACCAGGUGCUCGAAGGGAUGCAUCAACUCCACAUCUCGAGUUGGUCACCACCAUGACCACAGAAAGAGAGAGGCGGUCACCCAGAGUUUAAGGCACUUUGUUUCCCAGGGUCCCCUGCGCUUAACGAGAUCAGCAGAGAGCACCGGAAGCCCAGUGAUGAACCUGAAUCUGAACCUGGUCUUCAUCGCUGGUUGUCUUCUUGCAGCUGUUGGCAUGAUCAGUGCAUUGGUUUUGUACAAAGCCAAAAUGUCGAGAGUCAAAUACCAACCUUUGCCUGCAUUUGAAAAUUAAGCGAGCUACUUGUGCAGAAUGCCAAUUCUGUAUUAAUUACAUUCAAAUAUAUAAAGCUAUUUUGAUUAUCAGAUAUUGCAUAUUCAUGUAUCAAAGUACGUGCACAUGUUACAUUAACAUCUUUAGAAAUGACUACAGCUGUAUGUGCCAGUGCA